AUGAUGUCGAGUGAGCGGCCACCCGAUGUGAACGCUCCAUUGUGCUGCUACUGCCAAGGAUCAACCUUCUACACGUACGAGACGAAACGAUACACCUACGGAGCUAUGGAUGGCAAGGUGGAGCGCCAGUCGAAUUUCGUGUCGCGUUCCAGCCAUCUCGUGUGGAUGAAUUCGUACUAUUUCGCAGAGUUGGAGGGGCUCGCUUCGUUCAAGUCGAAUACUUUCCGACUGAUCAAUGUGGAUACCUUUACUCUCCCUUAG